UAGGUAGUAGGCGUGCAUUCAGAAAUUAUGAAACGUUAUCAAGACGAUCCUCUGAGUUUUGGUCUUAGUUGUCCAGCAGCAACCGCUACCGAAAAACAUUGUGUAAUCUAGAUCUUGAAAAUGUAACCAGUCUAGUCGUGGAAAACGUGUUUGUCUAAAUCGCAAAAAUUGCUUGUAAGUGAAACUUGUGACGAUACUAUCUACUAUAUCACGAAUCUGAAAGAGGGCCGAAACAGACAGUUUUCUACAGCAUAAACGACGCCACUCUCAUCGAAAUAUAUUACAAUUAGCGUCUUUUUUUAGUUGUACGCACCAUACGGUCAUCUAGAUUAUGGAUCGAUUUCCCACCAGCAAGCACGGGUUUCGAAACCCAUUCGGGCAAAGACCAUGGAUGGAGCAAAGCGGAGCGGCAGCACCGGCCGGAGGGGCUACCGGACUGAAGGGUAUAAUAGCUGGCGGCAUUACCGGGGGUAUUGAAAUUUGCAUUACAUUUCCGACAGAAUACGUCAAAACGCAGCUUCAGCUGGACGAGAAAGGUGCAACUAAGCAAUACAACGGCAUUGUUGACUGCGUUAAAAAGACGGUAAAAACUAAUGGUUUCUUUGGUCUCUACCGGGGACUGAGCGUGCUACUCUACGGGUCCAUACCGAAGUCAGCAGUUAGGUUCGGUGCCUUUGAAACAUUUAAAGGACAUUUAAUAGAACCUAGUGGCCAACUAAGUACCUCAGGUAAACUGCUCGCCGGUCUCGGCGCAGGUAUCGCAGAGGCUAUCCUUGCUGUUACGCCCAUGGAAACCGUUAAAGUGAAGUUCAUCAAUGAUCAACGAAGUCCAAACCCAAAAUUUAAAGGCUUCUUCCACGGUGUUGGCAUGAUUGUUCGGCAAGAGGGCAUGUCCGGUGUCUAUAAGGGCCUAACAGCAACCAUCAUAAAACAAGGUUCCAAUCAGGCCAUACGUUUCUAUGUGAUGGAAUCGCUAAAGGAACUAUACAAGGGAGAUGAUCCUUCCAAACCUGUGCCAAAGAUGAUGGUCGGUGCCUUUGGUGCUGUUGCAGGUGCUGCCUCUGUAUUCGGAAACACACCCAUAGAUGUGGUGAAAACUCGAAUGCAGGGACUGGAAGCUUCCAAAUACAAAAACACAAUGGACUGUGCUGUAAAGAUCUGGAAAAAUGAAGGUCCGUUUGCCUUCUACAAAGGAACAGUUCCACGGCUUAGUCGUGUAUGUCUAGAUGUAGCUAUCACGUUCAUGAUUUACGAUUCAUUCAUGGAGCUUUUCAAUAAAUUCUGGCGCUAGGACUAGACACAACAUCAAAGCAGUAAGAGCGCCACAUCUUAUCACACCACAUUGAACUUGACAAAUCGCAACAAGAACGAUAAGACUAAACACACGCGCGCUCAUCUCAACUAUCAUUGGCAGGGUAUUCUGAAGCUGACGCAUUUAAAAAACGCAUAUAUAACGUCGUGACGCAUUUGUAGCGAAAGCAAACUCAAAUUACUGGUAUAGUCAAUCUCUCACACUCAUGUGCGAUACGCAACCGAACCUAAUCAACACAUAUUUACUGUAACGUUGAUCGGUAUGAAAGUAGUUUGUUCAAGCUAAACAAGAAGCACAGCUGUAGAACGUAGGUUGUUGAUUGCACAAACUUCGAACAGUGGUUUACCCUCCGAGUCCGAUUCGAAUCAUUGCCAUUUUUACACACACGCGGGUUCUACAAACUUACAACUGUACUUUAAUUUUCUGACGUACUUCAACCAGCCAUUCCAGUUUAUGUGCAAACUAUCUGUUUAACUUAUUUUUAAGAAAAAUUCUAAAUCUAAAAGGUGUACCAAAAACAACAAUCUGUACUAAAUGCUUAAUUUUGGCCAAACAUGCGAUUAAUUCCUCAAUGUUGAAAUUUAUGGUUUUAUUUACUGUUUUGUAUAGCAAUGUUCUUUAUCGUAUCUAUUUUGGCAACAAUCGGAAUCAAACACAAGAAACGUAAUGCCUAUUUAUUGUUGGAUGUGUAAUAUAUUAUUAUGAAUGUAUCAUA